GACGACAAAACAAAAAUACUAGUGUCUGCCUUUAUGGGUGUGUCUUUUUUAUUGCUCCUCCUCAUUUUGGAGAAAUCCCACUACUGGCAAGUGUUCCCGCCGUGGCGGGACAGAGAGGGGCGGUUCUGAACGCAAUUUGAUUGGCGUUAUCAAGAUGGCUACAAAUCGAGGUGCCUGGUGUGUCCCUUGUCUAGCCUCAUUUGAAAUCCUUCAAGAACUGUGUAGGAAAGAGAAGCUCACUUGCGAUGCUAUUGGGAUCACCAAGAAAAAUAUUAACGACUAUGAGGUGGAAUACUUGUGUGACUACAAAAUACAACAGGAUAUGGAGUUAUACCUUGUGAAAUGGAAGGGGUGGCCAGAAAGUGCAAAUACAUGGGAGCCCAAAAAGCACCUGAAAUGUUCUUCACUACUGAAACAGUUCUACACUGAUCAGUUGACUUUCCUCACACAGAGUGAACCAGGGAAGCCUCCUGUGCUUAAAAAUAAUAUCAAAAAACUAAAUCCUGCCAUUGUGGACUUUGUAGUUAAGAAAGCUAAACAAAGAAUAGCUUUGCAGCGGUGGGAAGAAGAGCUUAACAGAAAGAAGAGCCAUAAAGAACGGAUCCUGGUAGAAAAUCGAGUUGACCUUGAGGGUCCUCCAAUGGACUUCUACUAUAUUAAUGAAUAUAAAGCCUCUCCUGGGAUUAAUUUGGCUGCUAAAGCAUUAGUUGGUUGCGAAUGUCUCAGCUGCCCUUCAGACAAUUGUUGUCCUGCUGGUGCAGGGGUCCAGUUUGCCUACAAUGAACAUGGACAGCUGAGAAUUCAACCUGGACAGCCUAUCUAUGAAUGUAACUCCUGCUGCAAUUGUGGUCCAGAUUGCACUAACAGGGUGGUACAAAAAGGUACGCCGUAUCCUCUUUGCAUCUUUAGGACUAGCGAUGGCCGUGGUUGGGGAGUAAAGACCCUGCAGAAAAUUAAAAAGAACAGUUUUGUGAUGGAAUACGUUGGGGAGGUGAUCACAAGCGAGGAAGCAGAAAGAAGAGGGCAGCUGUAUGACAGUAAGGGAAUUACUUACCUCUUCGAUUUGGACUAUGCAUCCGAUGAAUUCACAGUUGAUGCAGCGCGAUAUGGAAAUGUUUCACACUUUGUGAAUCACAGUUGUGAUCCAAACUUGCAGGUGUUCAAUGUUUUCAUUGAAAAUCUUGACAUACGUGUCCCUCGUAUUGCUCUGUUUUCAAGUAAGACCAUCAAAGUUGGAGAAGAGCUGACAUUUGAUUACCAAAUGAAAGGAUCUGGUGACCUAAGUACGGACUCCAUUGAUAUUAGCCCAGCCAGAAAGAGACCCAGGACAGUUUGCAAGUGUGGGUCCACUUCCUGUAGGGGAUAUCUCAACUGAAGGCAACAUCUAUGAAGCUCCAGUUUACUUUUAUGUUUUUAG